GAGAGGCGAGUUGGAGAAGCGGACUGUCCCUGCGCUGCUGGAGGGACCAGAGCGGCAGGAAGCGGCAGGAAGCAGGACGCCAUCCUCCGGUCAGCAGCUGCAGAGAGAGGAAGAGGAGGAGGAGGAGGAGGAGGAAGGGUAGCCGCAGGAUUUUCAUGCACCUCUGGACCGGAACCGACCCGCUACGUGACUGAAGGAGCACCGAGAGGAGGAGGAGGAGGAGGAGGAGGAGGCCUUCCUCCAUCCCGCAGCUCUGCGUCAAAGGUUCCUCGGCCCUCUGGAAGCAGGGAACCGGAUCUGAAGACCUCUACAUGUUCUUCAUCCUCCCCAGAGCUCAGCGACCAUCAUCAUCUUCAUUCUGAGAAGCUCUUUGUCUCUCGUUGUCCACCAUGCGUCCUUCCCUUGCCACAGCGGUCCUGCCCGCCAGAACCCGUUCCCAUAACCCCCCCAACCUAGCGGUGGGGGCCCGCGAACACCUGUCUGCGCCCCGCAGACGCAGCCCCCACCUGCGCCACACCUUGAGCCCAGACAACCUGCGGACGCUGGCGGAGAGGGGCGGGGCGGCCGUGGAUGCCGUGUCGGUGGUGGGCGGACCUAUCGGGCUGAUGCGGGCCAACAGCGACACGGACCUGGUGAGCUCCCAGAGCCGGUCCUCGCUCACAGCGUCCACCCUGGAGUACACGCUGAACCGCGGCCAGAACCUGGUCAUUUCCUGGGACAUCAAGGAGGAGGUGGACGCCACCGACUGGAUCGGGCUGUACCACAUCGAUGAAACCAGUCCGUCCAACGUGUGGGACUGCAAGAACCGAGGGGUGAACGGGACCCAGAAGGGCCAGAUUGUCUGGAGGUUGGAGGCCGGGCCGUACUUCAUGGAGCCUGAGACCAAGAUCUGCUUCAAAUACUACCAUGGAGUGAGCGGAGCUCUGAGAGCGACCACCCCCUGCAUCACCGUGAAGAACCCCGCUGUCCUGGUGGAGGGUGUCGCAGAGCAGGUGGGCGUAGAACAUCCCCGGAAACUGAUCAGCUUUACUUUAACCGACCUGCGGGCCAACGGCUUGAAGAAAGGCAUGUUCUUCAACCCUGACCCCUACCUGAAGAUGUCCAUCCAUCCUGGGAAGAGAAACGUCUUCCCGGUCUUCAGCCACCAUGGGCAGGAGCGCCGCUCAGCCAUCAUCGCUAACACCACCAACCCGGUGUGGCACGGAGAGAAAUACACCUUCGUGGCGCUGAUGACCGACAUCCUCUACAUCGAGGUGAAAGACAAGUUUGCUAAAAGUCGUCCAAUCAUCAAGCGUUUCCUGGGUCAGCUGGCCAUCCCCGUGCAGCGGCUCAUCGAAAAGAUCCCAGGAGUGCAGCCCGUCAGCUUCCCGCUGUGUCGACGCCUUCCCACCGAACACGUCAGCGGCCAGCUGCAGUUUAAGGUGGAGCUGACCUUGACGGGACCUGAUGGUGCCUCUCCAGAUUCCAUUAUCGGCGUUUCAUCGCUCAACGGAGCUCCAGGGACUCCUUCUGACGAUGAAGACCUGCCCCAUCCUCUCCCAGGUCCAUCCUGCUACCAGGGAUCUCCACACAUGUGGGAAGGCGGAGCCGCUGCCUUUCCGGACAAAGACCUGCCUGUCGUCCGAUCGGCCAGAUUUCUAGAUCCGGUGGUCAUUUCAGAGCAGUCGAUUCUCCAGAGGUCCCUCAGUGAGGGGCUGGAUGCCAUCGAGGCCCCCAAAGGGCCUGGAGAGAGGCCUCUGGGUGCCGCCUCCCCUAAACUCUGCUCCAGCUUCCCCACGCACACCAGACUCAGUGACAUAUUGCACAUUGACUCGGACGAGGACGAGGAAAGAUCUGGGAUGAACGACUUUCCUCCGAUGCCUGUAUCGCCGCUGCUGAUGAACGGAGAACCUCCUGAUGUCAGCGGUCCAGAUGAGGCCGACCCGUUCUCCGAGCUCAGGCAGGAACAUCUGGAGGAGGAGGAGUCUGCCCUCGAUGUAAUGGAGGAAGCGCCUCCAGAGCCUCGAGUUUCCAUGGGUGCAGAUCUGGAGUUAGACGACGUUCUGGAGGCGGAGGUUUUCCUUGAGGAGGAGGAGGCUCAUGUCGCUCCGGAUGUUACCCAUCAACCUUUGCAAGGCAGCAGAGAGACUCCUGAACAGGAAGCUGUGCGAGUUGAAGAUCUAACAUCCGAGAUGGACUCCUGCUCCAUGGCAACAGCCCCUCAGACGGUUUUCUCCUCCUCAGAGAGCGGCGCAAUCACCAUGGCCACGGCUAUGGAAGCUGAGGAAGGAGCAGCGACAGCCAUUGAUCCAGGAGGAGACGCCGAGCCGCCGGGCCCCUCACCAACCGCCACAACCCGCGAUGAUGAGGAGGAGGGGGAGGAGGGUGGCCGAGCUGAAGCCGCAGAGGCUGAAGGAGAACCUGCAGCUGCCGGUGAGCAGCAGGAGGUUCAGGAGGAGGUCAGUGUGAGGAGGCGGAGCCUGCAGGCAGCGGGCAGGGCCAGUAAGGAGCAGGAAGAGGAGGAGACCAAGACGCCUGGGGUGGGGGCUGUGGACACGGAGCAUGUUACCACGGAAACAGAAGGGGAUGAAGGAGGCGGCGUUAACGGCCAUCCGGUGCGUUCGCUCCCCUCCGUGCGCCAGGACCUCCAUCGAUACCAACGGGUGGACGAGCCGCUGCCCCCCAACUGGGAGGCUCGGAUCGACAGCCAUGGGAGGAUCUUCUUUGUGGACCACGUGAACAGGACCACCACGUGGCAGCGUCCCACCGGCCCCCCCGCCCCACAGGGCCUGACCCGCUCCAACUCCAUCCAGCAGAUGGAGCAGCUGAACCGCAGAUAUCAGAGCAUCAGGAGAACCAUCACCAACAGCGACCGAGCAGAGGAGAGCUCCUCUGACCUCCUCCCUGAGGCAGAGGGGGAGCUGAUGCCUCACUCCGUUCCUGAGUACCGUCGAGAGAGCGCCGUGGCCCCCCCCAGCGGCCGCUCGCGCCUCUCCCUGCUGCUGCAGUCGCCCAGCGCCAAGUUCCUGUGCAGCCCUGACUUCUUCACCGUGCUGCAUUCAAACCCCAGUGCCUACCGCAUGUUUACGAGCAACACCUGCCUGAAGCACAUGAUCAGUAAGGUGCGGCGAGAUGCUCAUUACUUUGAGCGCUACCAGCACAACCGUGACCUCGUCACCUUCCUCAACAUGUUCUCCAACAAGCAGCUGGAGCUCCCCAGAGGCUGGGAGAUGAAGCACGACCACACCGGGAAGCCUUUCUUUGUGGAUCAUAACUGUCGAUCGACGACCUUCAUCGACCCCCGCCUGCCCCUCCAGAGCUCCCGAUCCACCGGGCUUCUGGCCCACCGCCAACACCUGAGCCGCCAGCGAAGCCACAGCGCAGGAGAGGUGGUGGAUGACUCCCGGCAGACGGGUCUGCCCGCCAUGCCCCGCCCCUCCAGCACCUUCAGUGGUUCCAGUCGGAGCCCCUACCACGAUGUGGUGCCUGUGGCCUAUAAUGACAAGAUAGUGGCGUUUCUACGGCAACCCAACAUCUAUGAGAUCCUGCAGGAGCGGCAGCCGGAGCUGUCCAGGAAUCCGUCCCUAAAGGAGAAGGUGCAGUUCAUCCGCAGUGAGGGGGUCAACGGGCUGGCUCGUCUCUCCAGUGACGCCGACCUGGUCAUGCUGCUCAGGUGAGCGCGCCUUAAUCUGCUGAUAAUCUUUGUCCUACCUGCUUCCCUCCAUCCUCCCGUUUUUCUGUUUCCAGGCACGCCUCGGGCAAACGCUCGAGCUCCCGCUCCUUACAAGAGAGACUUUGAAGCUAAACUGAGGAAUUUCUACAGAAAGCUGGAGACCAAGGGUUAUGGGCAGGGACCAGGAAAAGUCAAGCUCAUCAUCCGCAGAGACCACCUGCUGGAGGACGCCUUCAAUCAAAUCAUGUGCUACUCCCGCAAAGAUCUGCAGAGGAGCAAACUCUACGUUAGCUUUGUGGGCGAGGACGGGCUGGACUACAGCGGACCGUCCAGAGAGUUUUUCUUCCUGGUGUCCAGAGAACUUUUUAAUCCGUACUACGGCUUAUUCGAGUACUCGGCCAACGACACGUAUACGGUGCAGAUCAGCCCCAUGUCCGCCUUCGUGGACAACCACCACGAAUGGUUCCGGUUCAGCGGGCGGAUUCUGGGGCUGGCGCUGGUCCAUCAGUACCUGCUGGACGCAUUCUUCACUCGUCCAUUUUACAAGGGUCUGCUCCGUAUUCCAUGUGACCUUAGUGACCUGGAGUUCCUUGAUGAGGAGUUCCACCAGAGCCUGCAGUGGAUGAAGGACAACGACAUCGAGGACAUGCUGGACCUCACCUUCACCGUCAACGAGGAGGUGUUUGGGCAGAUCACAGAGAGGGAGCUGAAGCCGGGCGGGGCCGGCAUCCCCGUGUCUGAGAAGAACAAGAAGGAGUACAUCGAGCGAAUGGUGAAGUGGCGUAUCGAGCGAGGAGUCGCCCAGCAGACGGAGAGCCUGGUCCGAGGAUUUUAUGAGGUGGUGGAUGUGCGGCUGGUGUCGGUGUUCGAUGCCCGCGAGCUGGAGCUGGUGAUCGCAGGAACGGCAGAGAUCGACCUGGCAGACUGGAGGAGCAACACGGAGUACAGAGGAGGUUACCAUGACAACCACAUAGUGAUUCGCUGGUUCUGGGCGGCUGUGGAGAGAUUCAACAACGAGCAGAGGCUGCGGCUGCUGCAGUUUGUGACGGGAACCUCAAGUAUUCCCUACGAAGGUUUCGCUUCCUUACGAGGAAGUAAUGGACCGCGCAGAUUCUGCGUGGAAAAGUGGGGAAAGAUCACGUCCUUACCCAGGGCUCACACCUGCUUCAAUCGUCUGGACCUGCCGCCGUACCCAUCCUUCUCCAUGCUCUAUGAGAAGCUGCUGACCGCCGUGGAGGAGACCAGCACCUUCGGCCUGGAGUGACCUCCGCCACAGAUCAACCGUGAGACAGCUGACCUGCUGCUUCCUCCUCCUCCAGCUCCUCAUCCUCAGCAGCCGCCGAGUCAGCAGAACCUCUGAGGACGUUUUCAUUUGGACCUGUUGUCACUGAGCCACGUGUUCUUUACCUCAUCCAGCCUGCACCCCCCCCUCCCCUCUGGACCUUCAAACUGUGCUGGGAGAUGAGGACCACGUCUAGAUGCCCUGGGCCUAACUGGACCGGCACCACAUCAGCUCCCUCCUCUUCUUCCUGACGAUGCGAUCACUUCCUGCUCAGAGAAGCAGGAUUCAGGUGUGUGAGUCGAACCGCUGGGAUCUGAAGGACUCCAGCUGAUGAAGCAGAGCAGCAGAACCUUUCAGGGAGGUUCAUCUGAGGAGGACCAAGAUACCUUUCUAUAGGUGGGGGUGGUCAGGAAAAGGUGGGUCAGUGAAGAGGCUGUAGUGAGUUUGUUCCAGGACGGUGGUUUUCACCCGUCCAGCAGAACGUAGGACAGGUGUCUCACCUCCCACUGGACACUCUGUCUUUCACAGAUCUGCUUGCUUCCACCCAGGGAGCUGGUUACAUCCGUCCUCUGACCACAGAACCUGAGGGGGUCUCAGGAUGCAGAGACACAUUUUGGUCCCUGUCCCAGUCCUUCCAGUUCUCCCAGUCAAACAAUGCAUGCUGGUUCUGUUGGUUUCGGGCUCUGUGAGCUCCGCCAGCAGACACCUCUAGGUGGCGCCGUGUUAUAGCUCAAUAUUGCAUGCAGAAAUAGUCCUGCUAGAUUUGUGCAUGAGGACACUUCAUCCGGACAUGGUGCUGAGUGCGCCGCUGGAGACGGUACCUGGAGGUGUAGCAAGGAGA